CCACUGCCAAGAAGAAAUGGUGGAUUUCUCAGUCUUGCCAGACUUCUCCCAGCAAGUACCUCUGACCAACAAUCUCUUCUUAUUCACACAUCUCCUUCUUCUUCUUUGGCCUGGAAAGAUGAACUCAGAGGAGGUCAGUGUGGUAGGCCCUGGGGAAUCCAUCCUGGCACUUGUGGGGGAAGAAGUGGAGUUCUCAUGCCACUUGUCACCAUACCUGGAUGCUGAGGAUAUGGAGAUCCGCUGGUUCCGGAGUCGGACCUCUGAAGUGGUCCACCUGUACCAGGGGCGGCAGGAGCUUUACAGCCAGCAGAUGGUGCAGUUCCAGAACAGGACCAAACUCCUCAAAGAUGAUAUCAUGGAUGGUAGUGUGAACCUGCAACUCCUUGGCAUCAUUCCUGCUGAUGAGGGCCUGUAUGGGUGCCGUUUCCUCUCCAGCAACUUCUCUAGGGAAGCAGUCUGGGAGCUGGAGGUAGCAGGGAUGGGCUCAGACCCUCACAUCUCCCUUGAGGGCUUCAAGGAGGGAGGCAUUCAGCUGAAGUGCAGUUCCAGUGGCUGGUACCCCAAGCCCCAGGCUCAGUGGAAAGAUCAUAAAGGACAGUGCCUGCCUCCAAAGAUGGAAGCCAUAGUCCAGGAUGCCCAGGGCCUGUUCAAUCUGGAGACAUCUGUGAUUGUUCAAGGGGGUGCCCACAGUAAUGUGUCCUGCUCCAUCCAGAACUCUCUCCUGAUACAGAAGAAAGAGUUCACCAUCCAGAUAGCAGAUGCAUUUUUACCCGGAACCUCACCCUGGAAGAGAGCUUUCCUGGGGUCUCUGGUGGGACUGCCAUUCCUCCUGGCUUUUCUCUCGACGCUGGCGCUGUACUUCUUUCAGAAGCAACGUAGGUCCCAAGAAAAGUUGAAGGAGCAGGCUGAGAAGGACAAAGGGAGACUCACAGAAGAGCUGGGGAAGCUUCAGAAAGAGCUUGACUGGAGAAGGGCUGAAGGCCAGGCUGAGUGGAGAGCAGCCCAACAAUAUGCAGUGCAUGUAACCCUUGAUCCGGCCUCGGCGCACCGCAGCCUGGAGGUCUCCGGGGAUGGCAAGAGCGUGUCCUCUUGCACAGCAGUGUCCGGCUCUGUGGCGGGGGACCAGCAGCGGUUCUCUGAGCAGACGUGCGUGCUGAGCUGUGAGCGCUUCUCAACUGGCCGACACUACUGGGAAGUGUAUGUGGGACGGCGCAGCCGCUGGUUCCUGGGUGUGUGUCUGGCUGCAGUUCCCCGCUUGGGGCCAGUGCGCCUAAGCCCGGCCAGCGGUUACUGGGUGAUGGGGCUGUGGAACCACUGUGAGUACUUCGUCCUGGACCCACACCGCAUCGCACUCACCCUGCGCGUGCCGCCCCGGCGUGUGGGCAUCUUCCUGGACUGGGAGGCAGGAAAACUGUCCUUCUUCAACGUGUCCGACGGCUCCCACAUCUUCACCUUUACCGACACCUUCUCAGGCACGCUCUGUGCGUAUUUCAGGCCCAGAGCUCACGACGGUGGUGAACACCCGGAUCCCCUAACCAUCUGUCCAUUGCCUAUUAGGGGGACACAAGACCUGGAAGAGGAUGACCGUGACACCUGGUUACAGCCCUAUGAGCCCACAGAUCCCACCCUGGGCCUAGAGUGAGGCACUCUUUUGCCUGCGGGUCUGGGUCUUUGGCGGCUUCCUGGAUACUUUUUGCUCUCCCCCUUUUACGGAGGAAGCAUCACAAAAAUGUCAGCAAAGGCUAAAGACUCAGCACAGCAGAAAGGGAACAAAAAGAGGAACCUUUGUUUAUAUGUGUGUGUAUACACAUAUAUACAUAUAAAUACACACACACACACACACACACACACGAUUUUCUUUAAGAAAAAGAGGCAAUUCCAAAGCUUGUUUGUGUGGAUGGUAAGAAAAAGCAAAUGAAUAAUAAUAAAUUCAUGCUGUCAUUAGCCACAGUAUGCACUGUGGAAGACCAGAAAGAAACUGGAAUGGAGGAAAGGUGGAGGGAAAUCUUACUGGACUGGAUAAGAAGAAUCUGUUAGCUUGUAUAUUUUUUAUACUUUUUGUGUAUGUUUUCUAGUUCUAAAAUGUCUAGAAGCAAUGACACUUCAUAAGCAAUGAGUUCUCUUAGGGCUUAGAUCCCAGUGUUAAAUGGCAUUUCUCACUGAAAUGAACUUGGAGAAAUGGCUGAUUCCAGGGUUGGAGCAGAGAAAGUACAGGUGAAUCUGGAACAUUGUGUAUUCAAAUGUGCUCAGAAACUGAUGGGGACAUAGGAACUAGGAUGAAGAGGCU